GCGUAGAAGGCGUCAGAAAUCCUGAAUUUCUAACUUGCGUCUUGCAGGACCUUUUCCAAGCAGCCCCAUCCAAGGGAAAACUUCUGCAAGCAAGUAAACACUGGGAGAGUCAGCUUGCAGCUGACAGCGCAGACCCAGGCAAUCUGACGGUGUAUGACUCCAGUUCACACAAUUCACAUAAAAGCCUUGGAAAUAAGGGGUUGAUUCACACAGAGACACACAAUCACUAAUCUUAGCCAUGUCGUAUCCUCAGGGUUACUUGUAUCAACCGUCAGCUUCGUUAGCUCUUUACUCGUGUCCAGCGUACAGCACGAGCGUCAUAUCGGGGCCCAGGACAGAUGAACUUGGGAGAUCUUCUUCGGGAUCUGCCUUCAGCCCGUACGCCGGAUCUACAGCGUUUACAGCCCCUUCCCCAGGCUAUAACAGCCACCUCCAGUACGGCACAGACCCGACCGCUGCCUUCACUUCCUACGUGGGCUCUCCCUAUGAUCACUCGACGGGCAUGGCUGGAUCUAUAGGAUAUCACCCGUACGCUGCUCCUUUAGGCUCUUACCCCUACGGUGACCCAGCCUACCGAAAAAAUGCCACCAGAGAUGCCACUGCCACCCUGAAAGCCUGGCUCAGCGAACACAGGAAGAACCCUUACCCCACCAAAGGCGAGAAGAUCAUGCUGGCCAUCAUCACGAAAAUGACGCUGACCCAAGUGUCCACCUGGUUUGCGAACGCCAGGAGGAGGUUGAAGAAGGAAAAUAAAAUGACCUGGACCCCGAGAAAUAGGAGUGAAGACGAGGAAGAAGAAGAGAACAUAGAUCUGGAGAAAAACGACGAAGAUGAGCCACAGAAACCUUUAGAAAAGGGGAACUCAUCGGAACCAGAGCCAGGGAGUCAGAAAACGAGCGUAGUAGAAAUUGCCUGCGAAAGGUUUGAGGAACAAGACCCCAGUAAAGAUGAGCAGAUCCUUAGCGAUUCGGAAUUUAAAGACUCGGAGGAAAAAGAGACCCUUCACUCCCCCAAAGCUACCACUUCUUCCCUGGUUGUGCCUCACGGAACUGAGCUCUUGCACGAAAGCCACGACUCCGACUUGGAAAAUGCACAUACAAACCUAGCUCACACUCUUCCCAGUAACACAGCGAACUGCAGCGUGACUUCAGUCAUCCAUUCGCCCCCGGCAACGAGCUCCAAGCCCAAACUCUGGUCUCUAGCAGAAAUCGCCACUUCGGACAAGUCGAAAGAACAGAGCGAGCAGCAGCCGAGUGCGUGCCCGGGCCAUGGCUGCGCCGUGUCCGCCAGCGCCUCCUCGCCGUCCCGUUCCCCUUGCCCCUACCCGAACAGCGCCGUGCUGGGUCGGCCUCUCUACUACACCUCUCCCUUCUACACGGGCUACACGAACUAUGGCACUUUCGGACACCUUCACAGCCACCAUGGAGGUAGCAGCACAAAUCACUUCAGUUCUAAUGGAUUAAGUCAGACUGUCUUAAACAGAGCAGAGGCACUGGCCAAACUCUGCCCAGAAUCUAAAACAAAGAGCCCGGCACCAGUCGAUCAUUGCAAGGACACAUCGUCUUAUGAGUUGAAGAAAGGUAUGUCGAACAUUUAAUAAUGGUUCUUCGCCGAAUCUCUGGACACUAUUUAUUAUUUUGCCAUGGCAAAUUAUUUCCCCGUCAAGGUGGUAUAAAGUAACAAAGAAGUUUAGUUUCUGAUAUAUUCCAAACGGUUAAUUCAAACUGUUCAAAAGUAACAUCUGGAAAAAAGUCUUAACCAACCACGAAUUAAUUUGUAUUGAGACUAAUUCUGUAUAUUUAAUGUAGCAUUUUUGUAUUUAAAAAGGAUAAUACACCCUCUUUGAAGUAAAUUAUGAAACGAGUCUCUUGUACAGAUAUUAAUGUUGUUCUUUCGUAUAAUAUAUAUACAUAUAUAAUAUAAAUGUGUUUUUGAAAUGUUUCAUAAUUAACACGAUGGCAGUUUAAUUUAAGAUGAAAACUGUUCCAUGGAAGUUGGAGGAAAGGUUUCAAAAAACCUAAAAGACAUACGAGAAACAAAAUAAUUUCAAAGGUCGCUGCUGAAAAAAUGUAAAUAUUUAAUUAAAACACAGUUUUAGCUUA